CCAAGGAGGGGUCGAGGAUGUGUCGGCGGGUAUAUAUUGGUGUGCCGCGGGAAGGCUGGGUCACUCAGCUUCCUCACACAACGAGUAGCAACACUACUCGCCGAGAAGUGGCUGAGAGCACUGAACUGUUGGAACAGCCUUCACAACCACCACAAAAACAACCUCUACAACCACAACAACUGCACCUGCCUUUGUUGACAAGACCGAUAUCACUACAAGCGUCACAAUGGCCUCCACAUCAAGCCUGGCCCUGACCGUGGCCCUCGCCGUGGCCGUGGCCCUCUCCAUGCCCCUCCUGGCCACCGCCGCCCCCGCCGCCGCCGCCCCCCAGCCCGUCAUCGCCAACGGCAGCAGCGUGGCCGUGGCCCCCCUGGCCGAGGCGUUCCUCUUCUGCUGGGUGGACGCCGCCGCCGCCGUGCAGGAGGUGGAGUGGCGGGACGCCGCCGACAAGCCGCUGCCGUCGUGGACGCCCGGCGCCGACGCCUUCCAGCUGGGCCGCGGCCGACACCUGCCUCACGCCUACCUGGUGCUGGCCGACUUCCGGCAGGACCUGGCGGGCGUGUACACCUGUGUGGCGCGCGGCGAGGCGGGGGUGGAGGGGCGCGCCAGCGUGGCCGUCAGCCUGGACGACGCGGCGCCCUGGGCACGGCGCUGAC